CAUCCAAUGGCUACCAGCGAUGUACACAGGAACAUAGGGCCUUUUAUCUUGUUCAUAAAUAUCAUAAGUAUACUUUCAAUCGAUCCAUGCUUAGAAGAAAACUUCAAGAUUCUUUCGGAUUUACCAAAACGAAGUCCUGAUUUCGCACAGGACGCUGCUCCUAUCUGCGAUAGAUAUCUAGAGAAAGGAUGGUACAAAGCACCUAAUUAUGAAAUAGUAACAUCCCCACCCAGUAUAGGGUUUUGUGGAACUCUAUACCCGUUUUGGUUAAAGGGUGUGCUCCCAGAUACUGCUGGUAAAAGUAAAGUUCUAGAAGCCUGCGAGGUGGGAUUCGCUACAAACUGCCAACAGAUCAUCUAUGUCAAUGUUACAAACUGUGGAUCCUUUAAUGUUUACUAUCUUAUGCCUCUUUUUCUGUGUAACUCAGCCUACUGCUUUGAGAAAAAUACAAACUGUAUUGAUGAGGUGCCCAAAAAUCCUCGGGUAAUUUAUCACAACGUGGAGUACACAGAACGGGAGGACACUAAUGUCAUACAAUACAACCCUGUUGUUAACCUUAGAUGUGAUUUCACCCCGCUGGAUGACGACACCUUGUUUUAUGAUAUAGACUGGAUUGUUAACACCAAAACCAUCAUAUCUGGCCAGACAGUCACAUCGUCUUCAUUAGACAACGCCACAUUGUCCACUCAGCUUCUUAGUGACCGAAAAAUAAAAAUUGGAGCCUCCAUUCAGUGCAUUGUUGGAGCCAAGAAGACAGAAAAAGAAAAGCCCUGUACAACUACUUCCAGUUCUCUUUUCUUUGCUGGCAUUCAGGUUUUGACUCCUACAUUAACUUUGCAAAGAAAGGGAUCAGCCACAGUUAAGAUACGCCCAACAAUUCCAUUCGCCACAGAAACCUUCUACAGUAAACGCCUCAAGAAGUAUUUUGCAGGGAGUUUAGAUAUAACCAUAUCCUUUCCUAAUCAAAUAGCAGCAAAGUGCGCGGCAGGCAGUUCUAAUCUCUGUAGAAUUACAAUAGAAGGAAUAACAUACGAUCAGAGACAAAAGUUUGCUGAUAAUUCCUGGUAUAAAACAUAUGAAAUGGAGGUUCACAAUACAGACAAUAUCGCUUUCAACAAUAACGUCAAACAGAUUCUCUUAAGAAUGACAACCAGUAGAGGGGGGACAAAUGCUGCCGACAUCUUUAAUGACGUUACUCUACCUGAUAUCAAUAUAAACGUUGUAGAGACUGUGACAGUCUGGAAAGGCAAGCGAUGCCACUCUCACGCAGACCCCCACAUGAGGACGUUUGAUGGAUACGCCUAUGAAUGCCAACACACUGGUUGUGUCACUGGAAUAACCAGCAUUCUCUUUGAGAACAAAGAACAGAAUCAACAGGUACAAGUGAGGCACCACAAAUGCUUCAAUCCGAAUGCUAGAUGCAUCUGCGCAAUAGCUGUUCGCUCUGGCAAAGACGUGUUUAUGUUUGAUGCCUGUAAUGGACGUCAGUACAUUAAUUUUCCAAUCUGUGAUGAUAAAUCUUUAAAGGUGGUGAGGGUGACAGACAAAUCGUACAAGAUAUUCUUUCCAACGGGAACAUAUGUCGACACAACUCUUAAUAUGGCCAGAGACUGGUUUAUUCAGACACAAGUGUAUCCGUCUGUUGCUGAUGUAGGGAAAUCAGGUGGAUUAUGUGGUCUACUUGAUGGGAAUAUUAAGAAUGAUUUGACAAGACGGUCUGGAAUAAUUGACAAUACAAACAGUUUUAGCUACCGUACUCCUCCGGAUGCGUUCUCUAUAUCAUGGAGAGCCAGUUCAACAGAGGAUCUUUUUGCUGCUUCCAUGAAUUUCGCUUCCCUGAAGUCUUUAUCUUUGACAAAAGUAAAAUUUUGUGCAUGUAACAAGGGUGUAACAGAAUGCAGCUACCAACAAUUCACCGACUGUAACGAUAUGACACGGGGAAAGGAGUAUGAGUGCAUUCUUCACAGUAGCACGAGCAGACGCAAGCGUCAUGUGGUAUACACGCAAUCUUUCUCUCCGGAUCCCAUUGAGCUUUCUCUAUCAACCAGAGUAAAACGACAAGCUUAUGAUAUAACUGAAAACGCAACAACAAUAUGCAGCGCCGCAUUCGAAGCGUCGUUUGCAUAUAGAACCUGUCGAGAUAAUGUCGCUGAUUUUUCGAGUGAUUCCGUAAAAGAUUGUAUCUUGGAUGUGUCGUUAACAGGAGAUCCUUCCUUAGUAACUUUUCACUUAGAAAGCGCCAUUGACCAAUGUAAAGCCUUCAUCAACCUCAACGAAACGCUUCAACUGGCAGAACCAGAAGUAGCAAAGGAAAUAACUAGCAUUUGUCAGAAUAACUGCAGCUAUCAGGGAUCAUGCAAAAAUGGAAGCUGUUUUUGUGAUGACGGGUUCGGUGGAAGUGAUUGUUCGUUCGAUAUAUCGGAACCUCCCAAUAUUACGGAGGUGUUGGUUGGUGAAUUGUGCGACAAGUCUACGGAAGUCUGUAGCUUUAUCACAUUCUUUGGGCAAUACUUUGUAGAAAACACCAAUUCUACAUGCUAUAUCAAAGUAAAUGAUUUUUCCUUUCUUGGUAAAAUCGAAAGCAGGAUGACAUACGAGGAACCCCUUGAUGUUCAGACACUUUAUGAGGCAAACUGCCCGAAUCCCAACAUUAACACAACAUCUUGGAUACAUCAGUUCAUUUUCAAUGUCUCGAAUGAUGGUCAGAAAUUCACUAGGACUUUGUCGGUUUUCGUUUAUAAUUCCCAGUGUCAAAUACCACGGAAUUACUCUGGGAUGGCCACCUUUGUAUUAUCCGCAAGUGACUUUUUCAUUACUGCAUUAUCUUUAUUAUAUAAAGAUUCAUACGAAUGAAUUUUACGAAAAGUAAAU